UUCAUGCAGCGAUCAUGAUGAAUUCCAUGCCGACUGAUCUCAUUCUCGAGAUAUUCUCCAGAUUGCCUGCAAAAUCAGUAGCCGUAUGUUGUUGCGUGUCGAAGCUAUGGGCGUCAAUACUGAACAGUCAAGACUUCAGAGAGUUGUUCCUGACUAGGUCCUCGUCUCGUCCACGUCUCUUAUUCGCCAUUCAAGGAUUAUAUAACAACUGGAGAUUCUUCUCGUCCCCUCAUCCUCAUUAUUCAUCAGAUAAGUCGUCUCACGUAGUUACCGCCGAUUCUUAUAUGAAGUAUUUGGAAGACAUGCGACGGUACUUUUGCAGCUACGCCUCUGGUUUGAUGUGUUUCCGUCAAUCUAGGUGGAUCUGCAAGGAAACGGAAUUGUAUAUAGUGCAUGUGAUAUGUAACCCUAGCACAGGACAAUAUGAUUUAUUACCUAAACUGAUACUAAAUUUUUGUGGUGACUGGACAAGCUUUUUAGGGUUUGAUCCCGUUGACAGGCAAUUCAAGGUAAUGUUCACUGAUUAUAAUGUUCAGAGAAUUAUAACGUUAGGAACUGGAGAACUGAGAUGGAGAAAUAUCCAAUGCUCUUUACCCCAUCAAGCUCAGAAUGAAGGGAUAUGCAUCAAUGGGAUUUUGUAUUACUCGGGUUUUACAGGGUAUAAAUUAGGUGGUGUUAAAACAAAUUAUGCUGGCUAUACCCUUCAGUUACGUAUGUGGGUUCUAGAAGAUGUGGAGAAACAGAAACGGUCGGAAUAUGUCUACAAUUUGCCGAAGAAUGAAUUCGUUGGAGGCAAUGUUUCUGUUGUUGGAAUGACCGCGAGAGGUGAGAUUGUUUUGAUAUCGGACUAUACGUAUCUAGUGUUGUAUGUUCUCUACUUCAAUCCCGAAAGUAACACUCUCCAAAGUGUUACAAUCCAAGACAAGCCUUCCAGAAAAGAAGAGUACAACAACAUCAUCUACUAA